CCGGGCAACGCCAUGUUUUUUUCACGCACCGCCACCGGAGAGCUGUCAUCUUCCUGGGCUGUUGGUCAACUUUUUCCCCCCCGCUCCGCUCCAUGAAGCCGCUCUCAAGUUAGUUUCACUGGCCGGCUCCUGUCAUGGAACGGAAAGACAGCCUGGUUUUGUCGCAUGUCUCUCUUUAAGUCUCUGUUUUGCCAGUUAGGUGGCUAAGCUAUGUAGCUAGCUGGUCAUCAUUAAAGGUUUCCUCGGCGGCUGAUGCGGUGAAGCCAGGCGUCGAUCCACGCACAGAGAAACCGCACCGGAUCAUUUCUGUCCCCUUUUCUCCCGACUUUAACGCGUUUAUGAUCGGAUAACGUCGCUGCCUACAGGAUCAACGCCUCCUUUUUAAAGAAAUAGUCCUAUUUUAACAGCGGAGCGGCACGAAAACCUAACGGAGCGGUCUACAUUGGCAACGGAUGUCCCAUAGAACGGAUGCGUGAGGACAUGUCCACCAUGGUGUGUGUGAAGGAGGAGGAGGACCCUGGGGAGAAGCUGUCCCAGGAUGAGAUCAUCUCACGGACCAAGCAGGUGAUCCAGGGGCUGGAGGCCUUGAAACAGGAGCACCACUCCAUCCUGGAGGGCCCGCUGCGCUGCCUCAAGCAGGAGGAGGAGGGCGUCCUGGUGGAGGAGAAGUCCCACAUAAUCCGCAAGUCCCUGGAGAUGCUGGAGCUGGGGCUGAGCGAGGCCCAGGUGAUGAUGGCGCUGUCGGGCCACCUGAGCUCGGUGGAGUCGGAGAAGCAGAAGCUGCGGGCUCAGGUGCGUCGCCUCUGCCAGGAGAACCAGUGGCUGCGGGACGAGCUGGCCGGGACGCAGCAGAAACUGCAGAAGAGCGAGCAGAGCGUCGCCCAGCUGGAGGAGGAGAAGAAGCACCUGGAGUUCAUGAACCAGCUGAAGAAGUACGACGAGGACCUCUCGCCCUCUGAGGAGAAGGACUCAGACUCCAGUAAAGAGACUCUGGACGAUCUCUUCCCAGAUGACCAGGACGAUCAAGCCCCAGGCAUCCAGCAGCCUCACAGCAGCGCUGCGGCGGCUGCCCAGCACGGAGGCUAUGAGAUCCCGGCCCGCCUGAGGACGCUUCACAACCUGGUGAUCCAGUACGCGUCGCAGGGCAGGUACGAGGUGGCCGUGCCCCUCUGCAAGCAGGCACUGGAGGACCUGGAGAAGACGUCUGGACACGACCACCCAGAUGUGGCCACCAUGCUCAACAUCCUCGCCCUCGUCUACAGGGAUCAGAACAAAUACAAGGAGGCAGCCAACCUGCUGAACGAUGCUCUGGCCAUCAGGGAGAAAACUCUUGGCAGGGACCAUCCGGCAGUGGCUGCCACCCUCAACAACCUGGCGGUGCUCUACGGGAAGAGGGGGAAGUACAAGGAAGCGGAGCCGCUGUGCAAGAGAGCGCUGGAGAUCAGAGAAAAGGUGCUGGGGAAGGACCACCCGGAUGUCGCCAAGCAGCUGAAUAACCUGGCCUUGCUGUGCCAGAACCAGGGCAAAUACGAGGAGGUGGAGUACUACUACAUGAGAGCGCUGGAGAUCUACCAGACCAAACUGGGCCCCGACGACCCCAACGUGGCCAAGACCAAAAACAACCUGGCGUCCUGCUACCUGAAGCAGGGCAAGUUCAAGCAGGCGGAGACUCUGUAUAAAGAAAUCCUCACCCGCGCUCACGAGAGGGAGUUUGGCUCUGUGGACGAUGAGAACAAACCAAUAUGGAUGCAUGCUGAGGAGAGAGAGGAGCAAAGCAAGGGAAAACAGAAGGACGGCUCACCAUUUGGAGAAUAUGGAGGCUGGUACAAAGCCUGUAAAGUAGACAGCCCCACAGUCACCACCACCCUGAAGAACCUGGGCGCCCUCUACAGGCGGCAGGGCAAGUUCGAGGCUGCUGAGACUCUGGAGGAAGCUGCCAUGCGUUCCAGAAAGCAGGGUCUGGACACGGUGCAUAAGCAGCGGGUGGCGGAGGUCCUGAGCGAGCCCGAGGCCCGGGAGAAGCAGCGCAGCCGUGAGAGUUUGAACUCGGACACGGUGAAGUACGAGAGCGGGCCAGACGGCGGCGAGGAAGCAUAACUCCAGAUGCCUUGUGUAACGGUUCUAAAAACUUGUCUUCUGCAUGACGGACGCCUCGCCUCGCCUCGCCUCGCCUCAGCCCCUUCAGCUUUGCAGUUCUCUUCAGCUCUGACUCCCUCUCUCUGUCCUCCACCUCUGGCUCCUGGUGGGACGCUCCAUCCACACCGGGCCGAACCAGAGCCAUAACACACACCUUCCUACUAUCUGCUGUCUGUGGGAACAAGGGGGGGGGGGGAGGGGCCAAAAAAAAAACAAAAAAAAAACAGAGUUUAGGGGGAAACAGAGACUGCCUGUGUGUCUAAAACCAAACCUCUGCUUCCCACCUUGCUUUGUCCACUGUACUCGACUGUAUGUAUGUGAUGAGGAGAUGUUCAUCUGUCACAGAACCAAACUUCUUCUUCUGCUUCUGAUCUGAUGUCCUUUAACACUGUUGUCUCUGCUUCCCGCCCCCUUUUGUCUCUCUGCUGUUCACUCACAUCACCUGUCGAAGGCUCGCCGGUCGAAACGGACCGGAUGUUUCAAAACCAAAUCUCGUUACCUUGUUCUCCCUGCUGUACUUUGAAGUGUAACCUCGGCCAUUUGUGACCUGGAUCCUGUUAUAAUAUAUAUUUUUUCCUUUUUAUUCUGCUUUUAACUCGAGUGUGUGGCGCUCCAAAAAUCAACUCAAAACACCACCCUCUGCGUUUUUUUUUUCUUUCCAAAUCUUGUUUCACCACAUCGAUUGAUUCUGACCAAAACCUCGUCAGUUGUUUCACUAUAAAGUGACUUAUAAUUUACUUUCCAGGGUGUGUGGCUCUCCAGUGCAGUCCUAACAGGCCAAUAAAGCCCAAAAAAUAAACCUCUAAAAUAAACUUUUUUUCCCCCAACAUAUUGAUUUAUUUACUCUGUAAUAAGACAUGUUGGUAAAAAUAGAUGGAAGAGAAAACAAUGUAAAAAUCUAUUUCUUAUUCCCGCUUUUCUGUCAGCUGCAGCUUCUUGUGUACUGUAAAUGUGAGAAGUAUUAAAAAGUGAAAGAUAUCAAGGUGAUGGGUAAACUGAGAGUGAAAAAGGGAAAGAAAAGACAUUCUUUUUUAGUAUUUUGGGGUUGAUUUUUUUUUCUUUUUCCUAAGAGGCUCUAUAGUGAGGCGGUUCAGAACUGCUCGAUCUGAUGGAAAAUGAAAAUGGCAUCCAGGUCAAAAAUGGCCGCAGUUAUUCUCUAACUCUGCCCUCUCUGCUUCAUCUCUCUCUCUCUUUCUUUCCCUCUCUCUCUCUCUCUCUCUCUCUCUCUGGGGGGGUCGGGGGCUCUCUGUCUGUCCUGCCGUGAGGUUUAAGUCCACAUUCACGUCCGUUAUCAUGAGUGGUGACUUGAAACAGGACAUCUUGACCUAACAUGCUGUAAAUACAUCGACGCACCUGUCGGCAUGAUCGUAACGCUCGCACAGAGCACCAUUUGAUUGUGGCUCUUUAGGAUCCUACUUCUAUUAGACAUUAGUCACUGUAGUGUUUCACUCUGUGCUCUGCCAUCUUUUCCAACGAUGUCACCGUAUAAAACAGUGUCGUGAUGUCAUCGCCACGAGGGCACGUCGAAGACAAUAGACUCCAUGCACAAUGGUGAUUGGAUUUAAAAACUGGCGGCCGUCUAGUUCGGCUGGUUUUCCUGCUGUGGCGCCGUAGAAGUCGUUUGAUUCGUUUUAAUUUGAAAUUGCAGCUGUAAUUUUCAGCGAAAUGCCCGAGGAAGCGCUUAGCAUCGUGCAUAGAGCCUAUUCAUCCUCUGUAUAUCACUGUAUAUAGAUGUCAGGUUGAGGGGAAGGAGGGGUGGGAGUUGGGAGGGGGGGGAGGGGUGUGUGUGGUUUGGCCUUUGUUGCGUUUGUUGGAAGUUCAAAUAGUCGACUUGUCUCUUCUUGGCUCCUGCUACUAAUCUCCUGUGUGUCCUGUCUUGUUUGUGCAUCUUACAGUUUGUCUUUCUUAACUUCUAAUAAAACCUUAACUCUUUGCUCACCUGAA